AUGGUGCAUCUUGAGACAACAUGUGAUGGAAUCCAAAGACAAUUUGAAACAAAGGUGGAUGUAAAACUCUUUUGGUUGUUUUUGUUGUGUUCUUUUUUACAAUCUCUCUUUUUAUAUUGCUACUCUGUUUUGAAUGUCUGUCAGUGUAUGGCGGGUACGCACUGUUCUGAUGAUACUGCACUGCUUCUUCAGCCUUCCGUGGUGAUACAGUACCAAGUGUCCAGAAACAAUUGUUCUGUUUUGAUUUGUAACUUAAAAAAAAAAAUUGGGUCUCAUGCAAUAAAAAAAUGUAUUGGCUGCAUUUAG